CCGGAAUGGGCGGAGCUUCCGGUUCCGGUGGGGCCGGCCCCAGCGGCGGAGAUGGCGGCGACGGCGGCGGAGCUCGCGGCCUCGGGCUCAGGAGAACCCCGGGAAGAGGCUGAAGCCCCGGGCCCCGCCUGGGAUGAGUCCCAGCUGCGCAGUUACAGCUUCCCGACCCGGCCUAUCCCGCGUCUGAGUCAUAGCGACCCCCGGGCGGAGGAGCUUAUCGAGAAUGAGGAGCCUGUGGUGCUGACCGACACAAAUCUUGUAUAUCCUGCCCUAAAAUGGGACCUGGAAUACCUGCAAGAAAAUAUUGGCAACGGAGACUUCUCUGUGUACAGUGCCAGCACCCACAAAUUCUUGUACUACGAUGAGAAGAAGAUGGCUAAUUUCCAGAACUUUAAGCCGAGGUCCAACAGGGAAGAAAUGAAAUUUCAUGAGUUUGUUGAGAAAUUGCAGGAUAUUCAGCGGCGAGGAGGUGAAGAGAGGUUGUAUCUGCAGCAAACACUCAAUGACACUGUGGGCAGGAAGAUUGUCAUGGACUUCUUGGGUUUUAACUGGAACUGGAUUAAUAAGCAACAGGGAAAGCGUGGCUGGGGACAGCUGACCUCUAACCUGCUGCUCAUUGGCAUGGAAGGAAAUGUGACACCUGCUCACUAUGAUGAGCAACAGAACUUCUUUGCUCAGAUAAAAGGCUACAAGCGAUGCAUUUUGUUCCCUCCGGAUCAGUUUGAGUGCCUCUACCCGUAUCCUGUUCAUCACCCAUGUGACAGACAGAGCCAGGUGGACUUUGACAAUCCUGACUACGAGAGGUUCCCCAAUUUCCAGAACGUGGUUGGUUACGAGACAGUGGUUGGCCCUGGUGAUGUUCUUUACAUCCCAAUGUACUGGUGGCAUCACAUAGAGUCAUUACUAAAUGGGGGGAUUACCAUCACUGUGAACUUCUGGUAUAAGGGGGCCCCCACCCCUAAGAGAAUUGAAUAUCCUCUCAAAGCCCAUCAGAAAGUGGCCAUAAUGAGGAACAUUGAGAAGAUGCUUGGAGAGGCCUUGGGGAACCCACAAGAGGUGGGGCCCUUGUUGAACACAAUGAUCAAGGGCCGAUACAACUAGCCUGCCAGGAGUCGAGGCCUCCUGCCAGGUGACUGCUAGCCCGUCCACACCGCUUCAUUGAUGAGGACAGGAGACUCCAAGCGCUAGUAUUGCACGCUGCACUUAAUGGACUGGACUCUUGCCAUGGCCCUGGAGGCAGGUGUUUGGGGCAAGGCAGGGUGGUUGGCACUCCACUCCCAUUCGGAGGGACUUCUUACCCUUGCCGCUGUGCCCCAGCACCUUCCCCCCUGCCCCCUAAAGUCCUGCAUUCAGUGUGUGGAGUCCCCA